UUAUUUAAUAGGUAGUGCGAAGUGGAAACGGUGCUCUUCAGUAUUGCUUACAUCUGGGGCGAAGUCGAGCACCAGCAGUGUGGCAAGAACGGUACCAAGACAGGACUUGGGUCCCAUGGAUUCCGAAACACCCACACCACCCAAGACUCAGGAGGAAGAAGGGGUGGAACAUCUAUUUCAGCGCUUGCAGGAGUCCUCGGAUGACGCCUCCAUACACUUUGAUAUUGGUGUGUUCUUGUGGGAAAAAGGAGAAGAAGGGAAGGAAAAAGCGGCUGAACAUUUUAUCCAAUCGGCCAAAUUAAACCCUAAGAAUGGAAUAUCUUUCAAAUAUCUAGGUCAUUAUUACGCCAACGUUUCCCUUGAUACCCAGAGAGCUAUUAAGUGUUACCAACGAGCAGUUGUUCUCAAUCCCGAUGAUUCUGAGUCUGGGGAAGUUCUGUGCAAUUUACUUGACCAAGGUGGAAAUGAUAGUUUAGAGGUGGUCGUAUGCCGGGAAGCUUCUGAAAUGUCACCGAGAGCUUUCUGGGCUUUUCGAAGAUUGGGUUUCUUGCAGGUUCACAAAAAGAAAUGGUGUGAAGCUGUACAGAGUCUUCAACAUGCCCUCAGAGGCUAUCCUACAUGUGCUAAUUUGUGGGAGGCCCUGGGUCUUGCUUAUCAGCGGCUAGGCAGGUUUACUGCAGCUAUAAAGUCUUAUGGCCGUGCGAUUGAGUUGGAUGAUACCAUGGUUUUUGCUUUGGUUGAAAGUGGAAAUAUCUUUAUGACUCUUGGUUCAUUUAGCAAGGGAGUUGAACAAUUUCGACAAGCUUUGGAGAUUUCACCACAGUGCGUGCCUGCACAAUAUGGACUUGCUUUGGGGCUGCUUGGUUUGGCAAAAGACUGCAUCAAUCUAGGAGCAUAUAGAUGGGGGGCUUCACUGUUAGAGGAAGCAUCUGAGGUUGCAAGGGCAAGUGCUUAUUUUUUCAGAAACUUCUCAUGUAUUUGGAAACUACUUGCUGAUAUUCAGCUUGCAUAUGCUAGAUGCUAUCCCUGGAUUGAUGAUGUUCUAGAAUUGGAAUCUAAUAAGGAAGCUUUCAGUGUUUCUAUAAAUUCUUGGAGGAGGACCUGUUUUUUUGCUGCAAGAGAUGCCAAAUUUUCAUACCAACGAGCCUUGCAUUUGUCUCCAUGGCAAGCAAACAUUUAUGCUGACAUUGCUGUAACUUCCGAUCUUAUAAAUUCACUAGACAAAUGUUACAAGCAAGACAUAAAUGCACGGCAGAUUGCAAAGAGGAUGUCAAUGGGAGCAUUGCUACUUGAAGGUGACAAUUAUGAGUUCUGGCUGGCGUUGGGAUGUUUGUCUGAUCAUAACGCGCUAAAUCAGCAUGCCUUGAUCAGAGCAUUGCAAUUGAAUGUAUCUCUAGCUGUUGCUUGGGGAUACCUUGGGAAGCUAUAUCGUAAAGCUGAUGAAAAGCAAUUGGCAAGACAAAUGUUUGAUCGUGCUAGAAGUAUUGAUCCUGGCCUUGCAUUGCCAUGGGCAAGCAUGUCAGUCGAGUCUUGUAUGAGUAGGGAGCUUGAAUCAGAUGAGGCAUUUGAGAGUUGUUCACGGGCUGUGCAGAUAAUGCCUUUAGCUGAAUUCCAACUUGGGCUCACUAAGCUUGCUUUGUUGAGUGGACAUCUCUCAUCUUCACAGGUUUUUGGAGCCAUUCAGCAGGCUGUGCAGCAUUCUCCUCACUAUCCUGAAUCCCAUAAUUUGUAUGGGCUGGUUUGUGAGGCUCGAAAUGAUUAUAAGUCUGCUGCUACAUUUUAUAGGUUAGCACGACAUGCAUUUAACAUUGGCUCAUGGAAUAUUCAAAACACACAUAUGAGGGACAUAUCAAUCAAUUUGGCCAGAUCGCUUUCUAAGGCAGGGAAUGCGGCUGAUGCUUUGCAGGAAUGUGAAAAUUUGAAUAAAGAAGGGGCACUUGAUGAAGAAGGUUUACAAGUAUAUGCUUUCUCUUUGUGGCAACUUGGUAAAAAUGAUUUGGCUCUCACGGUAGCCAGAAGCCUUGCUGUAACUCUGUCUUCUAUGCAAAGGACUUCUGUGGCAACAUCCAUUUGUUUCAUUUGUAGAUUAGUAUAUUACAUUUGUGGACUGGAUGCCGUUAUCACUAGCAUUGUGAAAAUGCCAAAGGAUCUAUUGCAAAGUUCAAAAGUUAGUUUUGUCAUGUCAGCUAUCCAUGCUCUUGAUGGACAAAAUCGUCUUGAAUUUGUUGUCACUGGUAGCCGAUAUUUCCUCAAAUAUUAUGAAGAAAUUGCUGGGAUGCACCUUUUAAUAGCACUAAGUAAACUGGUGAAAAAUGAGUCUGAUAGCCUUGACAUUCGGAGUGGAGUUGCUCAUCUGAAAAAAGCUAUGCACAUGUUCCCUAACUACAGUUUGAUAAGGAACCUUCUUGGCUACCUCUUGGUAACCAGUAAAGAGUUAAACAAUUAUCAUGUGGCAACGAGAUGCUGUAAACUGGACCAUCUUGAUCUUUCUGAUAAAAAAGGUUUCAAAUCAGCUGCUGAUAUCCAUGGUGCAGGAGCUGUUGCUUGCUAUACCACUUGCAACAGCAGUCCAAAGUCCACUUUUCCAACUUGUGCAAAACAGUGUUCUAAUCAUCCUGGAGCUAUCAGAUACCUGCAGAAGUGCUUUCAUCAGAAACCAUGGAAUCAUGAUGCCCGCUACUUGCUUGUUCUUAACUAUCUUCAGAGGGCACGUGAACAGAGAUUUCCUCAGCAUCUUUGUGGCAUACUAAAUCGUUUAACUCAUGCAGCUCUUUCAAAUGAAUUGUAUAGUGGGACAGGAUUGUUGUUCCAAUAUAGAUACUUUCAACUUCUACUUUGUGCUUCUGAGGUCAGUUUACAAUGUGGGAAUCAUAUGACCUGUAUCACCCACGCAAAAACAGCUUCCGAACUUGUGCUUCCUGAUGAUUAUUUAUUCUUUGCACAUCUACUAUUAUGCCGUGUGUAUGCCAUGAAAGGUGAUCUUCCAAGUUUUCAAAAGGAAUAUAUGUUGUGUUUGGAGCUCAAGACAGAUUAUCACAUCGGUUGGAUCUGUCUCAAACUUAUGGAAUGUCGAUAUGAGCUGCAAAUAUAUUCAAAUGACACAGACUUGAACUUUGAAGAAUGUGUGAAGAGAAGUGGAAAGUUGUGUGAUAUGUGGAUGGCAGCAUAUAACCUAGUGAGAAGCAUGAUUUCCUUCCAGAAGAGGGAUUUAUUCUCAGCAGAGGAGUUCAUGAAACAGGCUUGUUCAUUAGCGGGUUUCGAGAGUUGCCUCUUUCUAUGUCAUGGUGUCAUCUGUAUGGAACUUGUCCGGCAGUGCAAUGGCUCUCAAUUCCUAUCAGAGGCUGUAAAGAGUCUUAGCCGAGUUCAUGAACUUUCACUUACUCCCUUACCUUUUGUUUCAGUACUAGUCGCACAAGCAGAAGGAAGCCUUGGUUCUAAAGAGAGGUGGAAUGGAAACCUUCACCUUGAAUGGUAUAAUUGGCCAUCAGAAAUGAGGCCUGCUGAACUCUACUUUCAAAUGCAUUUGCUUGCAAGGGAGUUGAAAGUCGGGCCAAAUUUUACAUCUAGCAUGGAGUCCAGUCAGAGUCCUCUGAGAUGGGUUAUUCGAGCAAUUCACACGAACCCUUCUUGUAUGCGAUAUUGGAGGGUUUUACAGAAGCUUAUGGAAUAGGCCUGCAAUAUGAAGCGACAGAUUCAAGGACUACGGUGUCGAAUCGAAUUUUGGCAGUGUUCAAUUACUAUUGAAUUUGGCGGUGUCCAAGAGGAGUACUUAAGCAAGUCGUUUUUUCUAAUAUUGUAAGUGGAAAUAUGAAAUACUUAGUUCAUAGACAAAAGUUGUAAGUGAAAAUAUGGGAUACUUGGUUCAUAAAUGGAACCGUUUGGUACUAGAAAGAAUAGGAAUGAGUAAAAAGCGUGAUUUAUGUAUUUCGGAAGGGAGAAAAUCAACGGGUGAGGAGGAUGCUAAUGUAGUAAUAAACUUGAUUAUACUAAAACAAUAACAAUGCACGUAGAUUACUUGUCAA